AUGGAAGUGGAACAAUCACAAAUUGUCAGUGAAGAUGUUGCUCAUCCACUUGAACAAGAGCAAGAAGUUCAACAAAUACAAGGAGAAGGGUUGUCAUCAUUGCCACCAAGUGCACUAAUAGAGGUAAGCAAAAGAAAACCCUCUAGAAAACCUUCUACAGUUUGGAAAGAUUUUAAAAGGGUUAAUGAUAAGGCUAUAUGUAAGUAUUGUGGGAAACAAUAUGCUGCAAAUAGUGGUAGUCAUGGCACUACUAACAUGCAUAAACAUUUGAAAGUGUGCCUGAAAAAUCCAAAUAGGGUAGUUGAUAAGAAACAAAAAACUAUAGCUAUUGGAAAAGAAAGUGAGGAUGAUCCUAAUAGUGUUAGCUUGAAACUUGUUGAUUUUAAUCAAGAGAGGACUAGAUUAACACUUGCAAAGAUGAUAAUCAUUGAUGAGCUCCCUUUUAAAUAUGUUGAAAAUGAAGGAUUUAAUAUGUUCAUGAAAGAGGCUCAACCAAGAUUCAAAAUUCCAUCUCGUGUCACUGUUGCCAGAGAUUGUUUAUGCUUGUACUUCGAUGAGAAAGAAAAAUUGAAAUCUAUGUUGUCUGCUAAUAAACAAAUGGUGUCUCUUACCACUGAUACUUGGACAUCGAUUCAGAAUAUGAAUUAUAUGUGUGUUACAGCUCACUAUAUUGAUGACGAGUGGAAUUUAAAGAAGAGUAUAUUAAGCUUUGGUAUAAUUGCUGACCAUAAAGGUGAAACUAUAGGGAUAACAUUAGAGAAUUGCAUGAAGGAAUGGGGUAUCAAGUCUAUAUGUUGUGUGACUGUUGAUAAUGCAAGUGCUAACAAUUUGGCAAUUGAUUAUUUAAAUCGAGGCAUGAGUUUUUGGAUUGGUCGUACUUUGUUUAAUGGGGAGUACUUGCAUAUGAGAUGUAGUGCUCACAUAUUAAACUUGAUUGUCAAAGAAGGAAUAAAGGAUAUUGAUGAAUCUGUUAAAAGAAUUAGGGUUGCAUGUAAGUUUGUCAAGGCUUCUCCUAGUAGGUUGGCUACUUUCAAGAAGUGUGCAGAAGCUGUUGGUGUAUGUUCUAAAGCAAUGGUAACACUAGAUGUAGAAACCAGAUGGAACUCUACUUAUUUAAUGUUGAACAUCGCUGAAAAGUAUGAACAUGCAUUUUACCGCUUAGAACAUGCUGAUGUUGCAUUUUUAACUAAUCUCCGUAUUGAGUCGAAAGGAUGUCCUAAUCGAGCUGAUUGGGAACGAGCUCGUAUUUUUGUGAAGUUUUUGAAAACUUUUUAUGAUGCCACACUUUCUUUUUCUGGGUCAUUGCAUGUUACUGCUAACUCUUUUUUCAAACAGUUGAUGGAUAUUAAAAAAACGUUGAAUAAAUGGAGGCACAAUGUUAGUGAUCCAAUUUUGAAAACCAUGACAGCAAAUAUGCAAUUGAAGUACAACAAGUAUUGGGAAAGCAAUACAAUAAAUUAUCUUCUCUUUGUUGCUAUUUAUCUUGAUCCUCGUUAUAAGCUUGACUAUAUUGAAUUUUGUUUUACUCGGAUGUAUGGUGAAAAAUUGUCAGAGGAUAUGUGUCGCUACUGCGAAAAUCGGCGCCGGCUGAACAGAAGAGUCGCCACCGUGCGUUAUUUAUCCCACGGGAGGGAAAGGAAACGCUCAGAGUAA